AUGAAAAUUUGUGUGAUGGGCCCUCCUAUAGAGGGCAGCAUUUUUUUAGAGGUCACCGAUUCUGUUCCUUUUCAGGACAUUCUUCCUGAAAUUGAGAGAAAAGCCAACAAAGGUCCCUUGUGGUCGAGCUACCAACUCUAUUCGGCUGCUACUAGUGAAAAGGGGUCAAAGGCCCACGUACGACCACUCCUGCAUGCGGUCCGGGUAGAGGAUACCCUGGCUUCACUUAGGAAAGAUGGUAAGAGGACUUAUGCAUUUGUUUUAAGGCCGAUUGGGGACCUGAAGCCUGACAAGACAAAAUCACUAAUAGGUGCCGUCUCACCCCACCACACUCAGAGGCAACCAUCUGGGUCUCCUUCCGCGCCGAAGGCUGCUUUACAAACGCUCAGAGGGAGUAGCCUCAGCUCAGAACGUCCCUCAUUGUGUGCAACUCGUCGGAAAAAAAUCGAUGGAGAUGGUGAGUCUUCAAUUGGUGAACCGGCCGGUAAAUAUGGAUCCGAGCGAGCUAUCAAGGGUGGAUCACAUCCCGAUGUAUCCAGGGUCUCGUCAACGCCCCAUGCGGAACCGUCAUCGGUACUCACACGCUGCGAAGAUCAGGCCAGCAAUGUAGUUGAUGUAUCAAAGAUUGAAUCUGCCGGUGUAUUUGUGGUGUCGUCUGACGAACCGAUGAGGGCAUUCAAUGAAGAUAAUGGGAAGAAUGGGGAUACGGACCCCAUCCCUUGUAUUCAAUCCCCGCAGAUCGCAGAAUCCCUUCCAGAUCCUAUCCCUUCUGGUUCGGUUCUGUCUGUCUCGCCUACGGGAACCCCGCUAAAUGUGGGAGAAACGCGUGAUGGGGUGGUACUAAAAUCAAGAGAGAGUGCCCAAGGUGUUAUUUCAAUGGGGGGACUAUCCAGCGACGAGCCAACUCAUGCCCUCCGCUCAACAAAUCGGUCUGAAGGGGGUAGCCCUCCCCAACUUCACAUCAUGUCCUCUCAGCCCUUGGGGCGUCUGGGUGUAACAGUCAAUGGACUCUCAGAGGUUGGUCUGUUACAGGCAAAGACACACCCCUUGGUAAAUCUUGCCCUUGGGGAGGCGGAAGAUAAGGCCCUUUUUAUGACACCCAUUCAGGCUAGCACAGAAAUACCCUUUCCAACCCAACCACCUAUUGGUAAGACCGACGCGGAUGGUGAAAAGCUUUGGUCUGUGCUUAAAAAGUUAAUCUUUACAAACCCAGAUGAGCAAGGGAGCUCCAGUAAAUCCGAAGGGACAGAUGAAAUGACUGGAGGGAACCAGCAUGCUAAGGAAGCCAUGGUGGUUGACGAGGUGCCUAUCAACAACAACGAGCAAGCGAAAAAUCCAGCGGCACCUGGUGCUUGCAUUAUUUCUGGGAAGCGUUAUUACGCUGCUGCUCAGAGGUGCGCCGAAAAUCUAUCUUUGAAAGCCAGGGAAGAGCUUCAGAAGCGUUAUUUUCAGAAAUGGCUAACAUUCCUUGAGAGCCUCGUCGCCAACCAGAGGGUAGGAAAAGUGUGGCAAGGUGUGGGAAAACCGCAAACGAAGCAAGUAGUACAAUACCCGCAUCACGACAAGGUGGAACCACACCAGAUGAUCCCGAAUUUCUCUGAUUCCACAAGGCAGCUACCCGAUUGGAAUUCUCAUGGUACGCUUUCAGACGAGCUUGUUUGCGCUCUCCGCUCGGUGAUGAGCGCUCUGAAACACUGCUUUAAGAGUGGUGUGGCGGAAGUAGCCUUCAAAAGAAAACAAAAAUCAGGGGAAGCCUUUAUCGUGCAAUUGCAAUCUGAAUUAAGCUCGAGCCCUGUUCAGGACACUCCAAAACUUGCCAACGUAAUGCAUCAAGCAGCACAUCUUCUCGAUCAAUUGGCCAAUCUUAUGAAACUCACACAAAAGCAAGGUGCCCAACAAACUGAACUCAAAAAGGGGCAACAGACAACGCCGGAAAAUAUGCGCCUGUUUGAAUAUUUUCAUUCCUUUUUGAAGGAAUUGGAGAGCGAUAAAUGCCGAACGUUGCAAAAUCACCUCGAUAAGGCCCUUCGGCGAGAACAGCAGCUGCGAGGGGAGUUGGAGCUAGCGAUGCGAAAGUCCCGCGCCGUCGAAUCGGCAGAGAGACCCAAAACGCCGCAGCCGAUCGAACCCAAUAGCUCCGACCUCCAUUCCAUGUUGCGGCGCGUGGCGUCGAUGGAGCAAAAAGAGACCCAGAUCAUUCGACUUCACCAGGAACUCGCCAAGAUGCGGGCCACGCUGUACCAAUCCAAGACCUACGAGGAGCAGCUCCGGCAGCGGGAGGAGGAGAACACGGAGCUGCAGGCCCAACUCCGCCGGGUGCGGAGCCCGCGACCGGAGGCGAUGCGGCCCUUCUCCGCACGUGCGCCAUCGACCAGUCGGUCGAGUCGGGAUCCGAGCCUCUCACGGCCCCCUUCCCGCUCGCAGACCUCCUUUCCCCAGGGCGACAGCGCGCAACCGGCAGGGGGGGGAGGGGCCCUCCCCCUCCACUCCCUGCGAUCGACAAAGCGACCCUCGCGGCAGGGCGGGCGGGGGGAGCUGCACGAGCCCCCUGUCGUCGUGCGGCCUCGCCGGGGGACCCCGGAGCGGGGCUCGACCGCGAGCCGCUCCCUCACUCGCCCGGUCUCGUUGGGGCGGCCUGACGAGGGUCCCUCUCGACAGGAGACCCCUUUACCGGAGGUAGACCGGGGGCCCUGCCCGAACUGCCGCCGGGCCGCAUGGUUACCCCUCUCCUCUGAGCCCCAUGGCGCUCCAGGGGAGCGGGCGGCGUUCUGCCGGUGCUGUCGUCAAUCCUUCACCUUCGGUGAUUUGAGUACCAGAGGGAAAUGUGUUGACCCGGUAUGA